UGGGGUCUUUUUUUUAAAACUUAUCCCCCCCUACCCUUCUACGUUCCGUUUUUUUUUUCUCGAAGAAGCUAUAAAAGGCUGCAACUAAAUAAUUCAGUCAGUUCAGCGGACGGUGAACACGGGACAUUCCAGCAGAACUUAAGGAGGACCCAGUUCAUAAAGUGAGGAGUCGCUAAUAAAAGAGAAACUGAGGCUGCGUGUCAUUCAUUUUCUGGUAAUCAGUGAACGAGAUACGGUGAAGUGAGUUUCCUGGGAAGUGAAACAGAGUUUGUCUUAUAUUCUACAGUGGAGAUCUGUGAAGCAGGCAUAAUGAAAGCGGUCCUGUCCUGGCUCUGCAUCCCUAUAUUGACACACUACCUUUCCUUGCGUGGAGAUGCUCUGUUCCUGUCAAACUCCACAAUCCUGGAGCGUCUGCUGAGCAAAUACCACGACGCCCAAAAUUAUACUCAUUCCCGGGUCCGCCGUGCAAUCCAGUGGUCUGAUCGUGAGGAGAUAGUGAAUCUACAUAACAAGUUACGAGGAAAUGUGCAUCCAUCCUCCUCCAACAUGGAAUACAUGGUUUGGGAUGAAGAGCUGGAGCGAUCAGCCACUGAAUGGGCACAUCAGUGUAUCUGGGAGCAUGGCCCGAAAGACCUGCUGAUGUCCAUAGGACAGAACCUGGCUGUACACUGGGGAAGGUACCGUACACCUGCCUACCAUGUUCAAGCGUGGUAUGAUGAAGUCAAAGAUUAUACUUAUCCAAUGCCUCAUGAGUGUAACCCCUGGUGUCCUGAACACUGUUCUGGGCCAAUGUGCACCCAUUAUACUCAGAUUGUGUGGGCUACAACCAGCAAAGUGGGCUGUGCAGUACAUGCCUGUAAUAGAAUGAACGUUUGGGGAGAGAUCUGGGAAAAUGCAAUCUACCUUGUUUGCAACUACUCCCCUAAGGGUAACUGGAUCGGGGAGGCCCCAUAUCAAAGUGGCAGACCCUGUUCUCAGUGCCCUCCUAGUUUUGGAGGAGGCUGCAAGAACAACCUGUGUUACAAAGACACACAGGUGCCUCAUCCUCCUGAGACAGAGGACAUGAAUGAGGUAGAAACAGCACUGGUACCUGAGAAACCUGAUAUAUGGCCUCGUCCUCAACCACGCACCACCCCUGCUAAAGAAACUCCUAAAAAGAAAGAGACCAGCAAAAAAUACAUGACUCAAGUAAUAAAGUGCGACACCAAGAUGAGAGAUAAGUGCAGGGGGUCAACAUGUAACAGGUAUGAAUGUCCUGCAAACUGCCAGAAUGCAAAAGGCAAAAUUUGGGGGACCCUCUUUUAUGACACGCAAUCCAGUUUAUGCAGAGCUGCGUUGCAUUUUGGAGUGAUUGAUAACAGUGGAGGCCUGGUUGAUAUCACACGAAAAGGUCAGAUGCCCUUGUUUGUUAAGUCAACAAGGAAUGGAGUGGAGUCUUUGAGCAAAUAUAAAAAGACAAAUGCGUUUACUGUGUCAAAAGUGGAAGUGAAAAACGUGGACUGCUAUGCUACUGUUGCUGAGCUCUGCCCCUUCAAAAAACCUAUUGCUCAUUGCCCAAGGGUGUACUGCGCCAUGAGUUGUAAAGAUGAACCAUCAUACUGGGCUCCAGUCUAUGGCACAGACAUUUACUCUGAUAGUUCCAGUAUUUGUCGGUCUGCAAUCCACGCUGGAAUCAUCACUGGCUCUGAUGGUGGCUACGUGGAUAUUUUGCCCUUAGAGAAGAAGAAGCAUUAUGUGGGAACAUUAAGAAAUGACAUCCAAUCUGAAAGCAAGAAAAAUCCAGAAGGCCAUUCAUUCCAGCUUUUUGCAGUGAGGGUGUGAAAGGAUUGAGUACCUGGAAGAGGCAGAAGAGUUUCAAGAAGAUGCUUGAUUUGCCAUAAGAUGGUGAGCAAUGAUGAAAGGUGCCCUAGCCAAUCAGUAUGGUAGCCAUAGUCAUCAUUUCCUUUUCAGCCUCUCUAAGGAGCAACAAAAGCAAUGAUAAAAACUUUCAGCUCAUUCCCAGACAUCUCAUCGCAGCAGCAGCAGCAAUGUACUACAGUACCAUUAUAAAGCAGAAAAACAAUAUCAGAAAUUUCAGGGCAUUUAUUUCACAACAUUAUUUGAACAGCAGUUGUUAAUUUCUUUUUAUAAUGAGAAAUAAAUGACUAAUACUGUAUAAUAUGAAAAUCACAAUUGUUAUGGUUAUGUUUAUGCUUUAACAGCAGUGCUGAUUAUAGCUAAAUGAUUAUGCAUUGAGGCAUUUGACAAAAUGAAAGGAUAAUAUUAUAUAAAUGUUUACAUUUUUUAAGAGAUGUUUUCCCAUUACUUAAUAUUGUCUUCCAGUUGGUUUUAUUUUGUAUUUUUGUACAGGUUGUUGGGGUUAAAAGAUACUUUUUUGUGGUAAUGAAUGGUGCUUUUAUGGAGCAUGUGUUACUUUUUUUUAACUAUAUUAGUUGCAUUCUACAAUAUUAGUAACUCCUUUUCAAUUAGGCCGUGAAUCAUAACUUAUCUUCUCUUUUAACUAGCUACUCACAUAGCUAAUGUUUCCUAGAGCUCUUAACAUAAAACAAAAAUACAAUGGCGACACUCUGUCAUAGGCAAGCAAUCACUACUUUUUCACGCACAUCUGCCUUCUCCCAGUUGACUGUAAUCUGGGAGAAGGUCGAUGUUGAUGGCAGAUAUUGACUCCCAUCUUCCCUCAUCUCAGCACCUUUCCUUCAGUGCUCUUUGGACAGUCUGAUUCAGAGAAGCUGGUUUAACGUCCAGUACACAAAUGUAAACUAGCAGAACACAAUCUUUAGUCCGCUUUUCAGUGACACAUUUAAUAUGUAUUAUUAAUGUACCGUGCAAUUCAAUCCCCAGUAGGACAGUAUCUAUGAGAGCAUGAGGCUGU